GGCGAGGGGAAGCAGACUCUUCGGCAUCACUCCUUCGGUGAUGUUGAGGCAUCAGUGAUGGGCGAUGAAGUAAUGGUAUUGUGUUCCCAGUGAGCUCCAGGGCCACUGUCUCUCAGCUCUCGCCUCCAACCGGACAUGUUGACAUCCCUGUUGCUGAUCUGCGUUCUCCAGGACCUCUCGGUGGCUCUGCCUGUGUCAAAUGCAGUUGGGGAAGAGGUGAAGGCGCUGAACGUGACAAUAGGUGCCCUGGCACCUAUACAGGGGGUGCUCGGUGCCAGUCUAACCAUUCCCUGCUUCGCCUCGUAUUCCGAGCCCCCCCAGACUCCCGGCACACCCAGGGUCAAGUGGAGUUUCAUUCACGAUGGCAACGAGACAGACAUCCUGGUUGCCACGGUGCACAAAGUGAAGGUCAACGAGAGGUACCAUCGAAGGGUGGCACUGCCACAUUACCCAGCCACGGUCACUGAUGUCUCCCUGGAGAUUCGCCAGCUGCUCAGCAACGACUCGGGGAUAUACCGAUGUGAGGUACAACGCGGGAUCGAUGAUGCGCAGGAUUUCACCGAGCUGGUUGUCAAAGGGGUCGUGUUCCACUACCGCCAGAUGUCAACCCGCUACGCGUUCACCUUCGCCGAGGCGCAGCAGGCCUGCUCCAACGCCAGUGCCAAGAUAGCGACCCCCGAGCAACUGGAAGCUGCGUAUGCCAGUGGCUUUGAGCAGUGCGAUGCAGGAUGGCUGUCUGAUCAGACCGUGCGCUAUCCCAUACAUGCCCCACGACCUGGUUGCUACGGGGACAUGGACGGUUUCCCUGGUGUCCGUAACUAUGGGACGCAAGACCCUGACAACAUGUACGAUGUCUACUGCUACAUUGAGGACAUAGAAGGUACUUUUGGAGGCUUCACAUAUCUCUCGAGUCCCAUCGUCCCACCUUUGGUGCCUGUGUCCUGA